CGGGUUGGGCGUAUUCGACGAGCGCCGCGGCGGUUGGCGAAGCGGACGGGGUGCAGCCUCCCGGGUGCGAGGAACGGUCUCCGCUGACAGAUACCCUCCUUCCGGCCGCGCCACUCGGGAGGCGGAUCCCCUGGGCCUGAGGAGGCUUCCCCCGCCCGGCUUGCUUUCCCUCCCUCGCUGGCGCUGCCGCGAUUCCACCAAGCGGCCUCUGAGGAGCAGCCGCAGGAGGAGGAGGAGGUCGUCGGGGGCGGCGGGCGGAGACCGCGCUCUCGCUUCCCCGGCGGCGGCGGGGGCAGGACAAUGGAGGUGGCGGUGGAGAAGGCGGCGGCGGCGGCGGCAGCGGCCUCAGCGGCGGCCUCCGGGGGGCCCUCGGCGGCGCCGAGCGGGGAGAACGAGGCCGAGAGUCGGCAGGGCCCGGACUCGGAGCGCGGCGGCGAGGCGGCCCGGCUCAACCUGUUGGACACUUGCGCCGUGUGCCACCAGAACAUCCAGAGCCGGGCGCCCAAGCUGCUGCCCUGCCUGCACUCUUUCUGCCAGCGCUGCCUGCCCGCGCCCCAGCGCUACCUCAUGCUGCCCGCGCCCAUGCUGGGCUCGGCUGAGACCCCUCCGCCCGUCCCUGCCCCCGGCUCGCCGGUCAGCGGCUCGUCGCCGUUCGCCACCCAGGUUGGAGUCAUUCGAUGCCCAGUUUGCAGCCAAGAAUGUGCAGAGAGACACAUCAUAGAUAACUUUUUUGUGAAGGACACUACUGAGGUUCCCAGCAGUACAGUAGAAAAGUCAAAUCAGGUGUGUACAAGCUGUGAGGACAACGCAGAAGCUAAUGGGUUUUGUGUAGAGUGUGUUGAAUGGCUCUGCAAGACGUGUAUCAGAGCUCAUCAGAGGGUAAAGUUCACAAAAGACCACACUGUCAGACAGAAAGAGGAAGUAUCUCCAGAGGCAGUUGGUGUCACCAGCCAGCGACCAGUGUUUUGUCCUUUUCAUAAAAAGGAGCAGCUGAAACUGUACUGUGAGACAUGUGACAAACUGACAUGUCGAGACUGUCAGUUAUUAGAACAUAAAGAGCAUAGAUACCAGUUUAUAGAAGAAGCUUUUCAGAAUCAGAAAGUGAUCAUAGAUACACUAAUCACCAAGCUGAUGGAAAAAACAAAAUACAUAAAAUUCACAGGAAAUCAGAUCCAAAACAGAAUUAUUGAAGUAAAUCAAAAUCAAAAGCAGGUGGAACAGGAUAUUAAAGUUGCUAUAUUUACAUUGAUGGUAGAAAUAAAUAAAAAAGGAAAAGCUCUACUGCAUCAGUUAGAGAGCCUUGCAAAGGACCAUCGCAUGAAACUUAUGCAGCAACAACAGGAAGUGGCUGGACUCUCUAAACAAUUGGAGCAUGUCAUGCAUUUUUCUAAAUGGGCAGUUUCCAGUGGCAGCAGUACAGCAUUACUUUAUAGCAAACGACUGAUUACAUACCGGUUACGGCACCUCCUUCGUGCAAGGUGUGAUGCGUCCCCAGUGACCAACAACACCAUCCAAUUUCACUGUGAUCCUAGUUUCUGGGCUCAAAAUAUUAUCAACUUAGGUUCUUUAGUAAUCGAGGAUAAAGAGAGCCAGCCACAAAUGCCUAAGCAGAACCCUGUCGUGGAACAGAAUUCACAGCCACCAAGUGGUUUAUCAUCAAACCAGUUAUCCAAGUUCCCAACACAGAUCAGCCUAGCUCAAUUACGGCUCCAGCAUAUGCAGCAACAGGUAAUGGCUCAGAGGCAACAGGUGCAACGGAGGCCAGCACCUGUGGGUUUACCAAACCCUAGAAUGCAGGGGCCCAUCCAGCAACCUUCCAUCUCUCAUCAGCAGCCCCCUCCACGUUUGAUAAACUUUCAGAAUCACAGCCCCAAACCCAAUGGACCAGUUCUUCCUCCUCAUCCUCAACAACUGAGAUAUCCACCAAACCAGAAUAUACCACGACAAGCAAUAAAGCCCAACCCCUUACAGAUGGCUUUCUUGGCUCAACAAGCCAUAAAACAGUGGCAGAUCAGCAGUGGACAGGGAACCCCAUCAACUACCAACAGCACAUCCUCUACUCCUUCCAGCCCCACGAUUACUAGUGCAGCAGGAUAUGAUGGAAAGGCUUUUGGUUCACCUAUGAUCGAUUUGAGCUCACCAGUGGGAGGGUCUUAUAAUCUUCCGUCUCUUCCGGAUAUUGACUGUUCAAGUACUAUUAUGCUGGACAAUAUUGUGAGGAAAGAUACUAAUAUAGAUCAUGGCCAGCCAAGACCACCCUCAAACAGAACGGUCCAGUCACCAAAUUCAUCAGUGCCAUCUCCAGGCCUUGCAGGACCUGUUACUAUGACUAGUGUACACCCCCCAAUACGUUCACCUAGUGCCUCCAGCGUUGGAAGCCGAGGAAGCUCUGGCUCUUCCAGCAAACCAGCAGGAGCUGACUCUACACACAAAGUCCCAGUGGUCAUGUUGGAGCCAAUUCGAAUAAAACAAGAAAACAGUGGACCACCAGAAAAUUAUGAUUUCCCUGUUGUUAUAGUGAAGCAAGAAUCAGAUGAAGAAUCUAGGCCUCAAAAUGCCAAUUAUCCAAGAAGCAUACUCACCUCCCUGCUCUUAAAUAGCAGUCAGAGCUCUACUUCUGAGGAGACUGUGCUAAGAUCAGAUGCCCCUGAUAGUACAGGAGAUCAGCCUGGACUUCACCAGGAGAAUUCCUCAAAUGGAAAGUCUGAAUGGCUGGAUCCUUCCCAGAAGUCACCUCUUCAUGUUGGAGAGACAAGGAAAGAGGAUGACCCCAAUGAGGACUGGUGUGCAGUUUGUCAAAAUGGAGGGGAACUCCUCUGCUGUGAAAAGUGCCCCAAAGUAUUCCAUCUUUCUUGUCAUGUGCCCACAUUGACAAAUUUUCCAAGUGGAGAGUGGAUUUGCACUUUCUGCCGAGACUUAUCUAAACCAGAAGUUGAAUAUGAUUGUGAUGCUCCCAGUCACAACUCAGAAAAAAAGAAAACUGAAGGCCUUGUUAAAUUAACACCUAUAGAUAAAAGGAAGUGUGAGCGCCUACUUUUAUUUCUUUACUGCCAUGAAAUGAGCCUGGCUUUUCAAGACCCUGUUCCUCUAACUGUGCCUGAUUAUUACAAAAUAAUUAAAAAUCCAAUGGAUUUGUCAACCAUCAAGAAAAGACUACAAGAAGAUUAUUCCAUGUACUCAAAACCUGAAGAUUUUGUAGCUGAUUUUAGAUUGAUCUUUCAAAACUGUGCUGAAUUCAAUGAGCCUGAUUCAGAAGUAGCCAAUGCUGGUAUAAAACUUGAAAAUUAUUUUGAAGAACUUCUAAAGAACCUCUAUCCAGAAAAAAGGUUUCCCAAACCAGAAUUCAGGAAUGAAUCAGAAGAUAAUAAAUUUAGUGAUGAUUCAGAUGAUGACUUUGUACAGCCCCGGAAGAAACGCCUCAAAAGCAUUGAAGAACGCCAGUUGCUUAAAUAAUAUGCAGCACCACUAGCUUGUGCUGGUUUUUAGAUUUUUUUGUUUUCAAAAAAACAUUUGUCAGUAAUUUAACAUCACUACAAAGAAGAGUUUGUGACUACUCUCAUCUCUGUUUUGGACGUUUACUAGACUUUUAUUUCCUUAAUAGCCCAUUUCUGUUAACCUCUUAUCACUAAGAAAGAAAAGAAAGAAGGAGAUGAAUGGAAGAAAGAAAAUGGAGAGAAGGAAAAAAGGAUGGAAGAAAGAAGCAUUGAAAACAAAGACAUUCUUCCCACUUCUUGGAUUUUUAAACCACAAUCAUCUGGAGCGAUAGCUACUGUAGAAAGGAAAUAGACUUUGUAUGAACUCUUAAGUUGAAAAGUAUAUGUGGUUUGGAUGUGUGCUUUAAUUCAGUUUUAGAAAUUAAUACCACUACCCAUGAAUUAUAUGGCCUGACAAUAUGAGUUAGGUGUACUGUACUGAAAGAACAGUACUCCACAAACAUGGGUGGUAACAAGAGUUCCAUCCCAGGAGGCCAAACGGUGCAACAGAAGGGUAGGUUAGAUGCUAUUAAGAAGGCACCUAAUAGUACAUCAUGUAAGAUGGCAACUGUAUUAAAGAAAAAUCCGGAAAACAAA